AUGUGUUCAAAGUAUGACGUGAUCAAGGUAAAGGUGCACCUGAGCGAUGUGCACUAUUACGUCCUCUCACGCUUUCUUCUUUCCAAGAUGCUCAUUUUCUGCCGUGUCCCCGAAGAGACCGCCGUGCGCAUUAGUCUCGACGUCAAGAAGCACUUUGUGAACACGGAGCGCACCUCCAUCACACAGGCAGAGCUGGAGGACUAUAUAAGAUGCUCGAUGAUCGCCGCAGGAUUCGCGCAAGAGCACGCGCAGCUUUUUUCGGUCGUAACACAAUUUCAUGCGGAGCGGAUUCCACUGAUAAUCUUCAUUGCUGGGCCUGAGCGGUGUGGAAAGACGACGUUGGCACACCUCCUCGCCGCACGCAUCAACUGCAGCACGGUUAUCAACGCUGAGGUGCUGCGCGAUAUUAGCGCCUCAAUCGACGAGAGUCUUCCCUCCUUUGCAGUGACUGAGGCAAGCCCACCCGACUCGACGCCUGCCAUGGUGCGCGGUGUUGAAGUCUCUGCUGCCGUGGCAGCGGAGGUGGACAAAGCUGUGCGAGAAGGACGAGCCAUCAUAGUAGAAGGCGAGAACAUGUCCUUCACUGGCUUCCACCGUUUUCUCGAGCCAGCCUUCCAGUCCUCCACAGGAGCCGUGAUAUUGGGUCUCGUGCUGGAGAUCUGUCAGGGAGAGGCGGAGACGGACGCGAGUCACGCAUACGUGAAGGCGCUUCCCAACCUGCAGCCCGUUUUCUCGACGGAGCGCCUGACUGUCUUUGCGGCCGACAUGGGCGAUCUUGCAAAAGACGUCAGGGAGAUCCCUACCAUUUACGUAGGGCGCUGCACCACCGUCGCCGAUAACGUCUGUCUAUCCGUCUUUCUUCACGACAUUGUGGUGAAGCGCAUCAUUGCCGAACUCCAACGCCGCGGGAGAGUGCUAUAG